AUGACCACCAGCUCAAACCGCCCCCAACAACUACCAGCGCACUUCAUCCCCCCAACCUCCCCCAUCGACCUAACCCGACUAACCCCCUCCCAACAAGCCAUCUACAACUGUCUGCGCUCCCAGGGCUGGACGGACACACACUGCACGACCUGGCUACGAAGCACCAACCACAUGCAAGAGUCUCUAUCGGGGUGGUUCCGUGCUCAGGGCUGGAGUGAGAAGCAGCUGCGGGCGUUCCGGGAGCGAUGCGAGGGGGAGCUGCCGGUUGGUGUUGCGCCGCCGGUUACGGGGUCGGAUGGGUGGCAGACGGAGUUUGAUUUGCAGAGUAAGUUGCUUGGGGAGGCGGGUCGGAGGAAGAGGGUUGGGGAGGAGAUGGGGGUUGGGUUUGGGGUUGGCAGGAGAGGGUCUAGGUAG